UGCGCGCGACGUGCUUUGCUAUAUAAAUGCGGUGGCGCCCGGCGUAGGGACGCUUCGGUCCUGAGCGCUUAAGCGUUCGGUCGUUUGCCGGUGUAGCGGCCAGCGCUUGAGCCCGCCCUUGCUCUUCGCUGUGGCAUGGCGGACGAGGGGAAGUCGUACAGCGAACACGAUGAUGAACGCGUUAAUUUCCCUCAAAGAAAGAAAAAAGGCCGGGGUCCCUUCCGGUGGAAAUAUGGUGAAGGAAACCGUAGGUCUGGAAGAGGCGGUUCUGGUAUUCGGUCUUCCCGCCUGGAGGAAGAUGAUGGAGAUGUGGCAAUGAGUGAUGCCCAGGAUGGUCCCCGAGUACGAUACAACCCCUAUACCACCCGACCUAACCGUCGGGGUGAUACUUGGCAUGAUCGAGAUCGCAUUCAUGUUACUGUGAGGAGAGACAGAGCUCCUCCAGAGAGAGGAGGGGCUGGCACCAGCCAGGAUGGGACCUCAAAGAACUGGUUCAAGAUUACAAUUCCUUAUGGCAGAAAAUAUGACAAGGCAUGGCUCCUGAGCAUGAUUCAGAGCAAGUGCAGUGUGCCCUUCACCCCUAUUGAGUUUCACUAUGAGAAUACACGGGCCCAGUUCUUCGUUGAGGACGCCAGCACUGCCUCUGCAUUGAAGGCUGUCAACUAUAAGAUUUUGGAUCGGGAGAACCGAAGGAUAUCUAUCAUCAUCAACUCUUCUGCUCCGCCCCACACUAUACUGAAUGAACUGAAGCCAGAACAAGUAGAACAGCUAAAGCUGAUCAUGAGCAAACGAUACGAUGGCUCCCAGCAAGCCCUUGACCUCAAGGGCCUCCGUUCAGACCCAGACUUGGUGGCCCAGAACAUUGAUGUUGUCCUGAAUCGCAGAAGCUGUAUGGCAGCUACCCUGAGGAUCAUUGAAGAGAACAUCCCUGAGCUGUUGUCCUUGAACUUGAGCAACAACAGGCUAUACAGGCUGGAUGACAUGUCUAGCAUUGUUCAGAAGGCGCCCAACCUGAAGAUCCUAAACCUUUCUGGAAAUGAAUUGAAGUCUGAGCGGGAGUUGGACAAGAUAAAGGGGCUGAAACUAGAAGAGCUCUGGCUCGAUGGAAACUCCUUGUGUGACACCUUCCGAGACCAGUCCACCUACAUCAGCGCCAUUCGCGAACGAUUUCCCAAGUUAUUACGCCUGGAUGGCCAUGAGCUACCCCCGCCAAUUGCCUUUGAUGUUGAAGCCCCCACGACGUUACCGCCCUGCAAGGGAAGCUAUUUUGGAACAGAAAACUUGAAGAGUCUGGUCCUGCACUUCCUACAACAGUACUAUGCAAUUUAUGACUCUGGAGACCGGCAAGGGCUCCUGGAUGCCUACCAUGAUGGGGCCUGCUGUUCCCUGAGCAUUCCUUUCAUUCCUCAGAACCCUGCCCGAAGCAGCUUGGCAGAGUAUUUCAAGGAUAGCAGAAAUGUGAAGAAGCUCAAAGACCCUACCUUGCGGUUCCGGCUGCUGAAGCACACGCGUCUCAACGUUGUUGCCUUCCUCAACGAGUUGCCCAAAACCCAACAUGACGUCAAUUCCUUCGUGGUAGACAUAAGCGCCCAGACAAGCACACUGCUGUGUUUUUCUGUCAAUGGAGUCUUCAAGGAAGUGGACGGAAAGUCCCGGGAUUCUUUGCGAGCCUUCACCCGGACGUUCAUUGCUGUUCCUGCUAGCAAUUCAGGGCUAUGUAUUGUAAACGACGAGCUAUUUGUGCGGAAUGCCAGUUCUGAAGAGAUCCAAAGAGCCUUCGCUAUGCCUGCACCCACGCCUUCCUCCAGCCCAGUGCCCACCCUGUCUCCAGAGCAGCAGGAAAUGUUGCAAGCAUUCUCUACCCAGUCUGGCAUGAACCUCGAGUGGUCCCAGAAGUGCCUUCAGGACAACAACUGGGACUACACCAGAUCUGCCCAGGCCUUCACUCAUCUCAAGGCCAAGGGCGAGAUCCCAGAAGUGGCAUUCAUGAAGUGAUUGUAGUCAUGCCCCAGAAGCAGCUCCCCUGUAAAUAGUCCUUGGAUAUUACCGUCUGGUUGUCGUCUGUCAUCUCCUCCUGUCUGGCCCUAGGCCGCCCCGUGACUGUGACGGAGGGAGGGAGGGCUGCCUGAUCCCUCUCCUCGCCUGCCCUGGAAGCCUUCAGAAGAUUGAGCCUCACUGAUGCCCGGAAGCCAAAGCUUACUUUGUAGAACUGACACUAAACUACCCGAAGGACUUAGGUGCUUUGUGUACUUAACCCCAGGACCUCCUUACUUUUUAAUAUAAAGAGUGAUGUUGUAUUU